AUGCCCGCCAACGCGCCGCCCGUCGCCAAGCCCUCCAAAUCCAUCUUCGACCCCUUCAACAGCAGCGCAACAGGCCACCAACGCGCCGACAACAGACUCGGUGGCAGUACUUCGUGGCGCGAAUCGCGAAGUCGGAAACUCCGCGAACAAUUCAACGCGGGCGCAGGCGGGGGUAAGAGAGUCAGCGAUACCGUUGGCGCCGGAAGUCUGGAUUUUGGCAGAGAUGGGAGGACGGAGAAUGGAGGGUGGGUGAAGGGUGCGAAGGGCUUAAGGACAGGGGGCCAGAGGAGUCUCGGGGAGAGUAUGAAGAUUGAGAAAAGGGAGGACGAGGGAGGGGAGAGAGCGAAGAAGAGGAUCAAAAUGGAGGAAGAGAAACCCACGGCGGUUGUGAAUCCCUUCACGCCCUUCCGCAAGCAGCAUGGCACCGUACGGGAGACAAGUUGGACGUCGCAUGAGCAGUCGCCUUCAGACUUGCUCGAGCCUCUUGUAACGCCCGAUCCAUCAACCGACCCCAUCCACCAAACACAAGCCGAAACCUCGAAUCCCCCGACAGACGUGGCAGAAACCAAACCGCCGCCGCAAAUCUUCUCCUCCCUCAACUUCUACAUCAACGGCUCGACAGCACCGCAUUCCGACCACAGGAUCAAACAUCUCCUCAGUACUCACGGAGGCAACAUCUCCAUCGCCCUCGGCCGUCGUACCGUAACGCACGUCAUCAUUGGAAGACCCAACAAUACGGGCGACCGAGGCUGUGGGGGCGGUUUAGCAGGCAGCAAGAUCCAGAAGGAAGUCGCGAGAACGGGCGGGAAAGCCGUGAGAUUCGUGACGGCGGAUUGGGUAGUGGAGAGCGUAGAGGCUGGGAAACGCUUGCCGGAGAGCAGGUAUCAGGGUGUGAAUAUUGCGCCAAACGGCGUGAAAGGCAUCGGGAGUAUGUUCAAGCCGAAAGAGAAGCAAUGA